CAAUUAUAGUGACGCCUUUUUGCAGUGUCCUGGUAUGUAAUGUUUAGACUACAAAAGGUCACUUUUAUUUCAGUGAUCCAGUUUAUGGGGUCACUUGCUUGCAUCUGUUUGGCUGCUAAAUGGCACAUAUGUGAAAUACAUGCUUUAACUGACAUUUUAGUUUGCUAUUAACAGCCAGUCUACUGUCCAUUCAUAGUACCAUUUAUUUAAUUGCUCAAUAAAAACUUGGUAUCUUCUGGUGUGGCAGCAUAUAUUCUCAAUAUGUAAUUAUUUGGUUAAGGUUAAUAUCUUGUUUGCUUCACUAUAUAGGCACUUCAUGUCAACUAUGUGGCCUUCUGCAUGUGUGGCCCUCAAGGGCUCUUUGAGUGUAAGCUUAUUAUUAGCCUUGGCUAGACUGGAGAAGAGGUGAUGUGUGACCAGUGUGGCAGGCUCAAUGAGUAAACCAAAAACAACAAAGAGACCAAUGGCUUUGAGAGGUCUAAGGUCAAUCUCGUCUGAAACUGUCUCUCAGCUUGUGUUUUCUGUAGCUGAUAUCUUUUCUUCUUUCAUUGUGCAUGCCAGCUUUUAAGUUAAACGUGCUGCAACAAGGCUAGCUAUGCAUUAGAUUGAGACUUCAGGCUUAUUUGUUGUGGGAAAUUGAUUUCAUUAGACAGGUAAAACUGGUAAAAUGUUGCAGACAAGGUUUAGGAUCGCUUUACUGCUCCUCGUCUUGGCAUUCAGAUGUGUUGCACAGCAAGAAACCCAAAGUAAAGGCUGUGUCUGUGGAUAUCCUGGAAUACCAGGUGAUCCCGGGAACAAUGGCAUGCCUGGCAGAGAUGGCCGCGACGGACUCCGAGGUGACAAAGGUGAUCGAGGUGAACUUGGACCUACUGGGCUAGCAGGCAAUCAUGGGCACAAGGGAGACAAAGGGGAACCUGGUGCAACUGGUCCAGCAGGGCUCAAGGGGAAAAGAGGAGAUAAUGGUGAUAGGGGCCUUCCUGGGAAAAUGGGACCACAGGGAGUGCAAGGGCCUGUUGGCCUCAAAGGAAAUAAAGGAGAGCUUGGGCUCCCUGGGCCCCCAGGACCUGAAGGACGUUUAGGGCCACCCGGACCACAGGGUGAAAAAGGGGAAACUGGCCUCCAAGGUGACAGAGGCAUUCCAGGGCCAUUGGGACCACCUGGCAGGCCAGGUCCCAAAGGGGACAUGGGUUUUCCAGGUAACAAAGGAAACAUUGGUUAUCGUGGGGAUAGAGGAGCUCGAGGUGAAAAGGGCGAUAGGGGUGAAAAGGGAGACGAAAUUGUUGUUUCCAAAAGUGCUUUCUCCGUAGGACUCAGUGCUCAAACUAAACUCCCAGCAGCUAAUGCACCGAUCCGGUUUGACAAGAUUAUUUACAAUGAGCAGAAUCAUUACGAUCCACAAACAGGGAGAUUCACUUGCUCCGCGGCAGGUGCUUACUUCUUCACGUACCACAUCACUGUAUUUUCCAGAAAUGUGAAAGUGGCCCUCGUGAAGAACGGUGCAAAAAUCAUCCACACCACUGACAACUACCAGGGCAGCGAGGACCAGGCAGCAGGGGGAGCUGUGCUGCAUCUGGGGGUCGGGGACAAGGUGUGGUUGCAGGUGGUUGGAGGAGAGCCAUUUAAUGGGCUCUUUGCUGAUGAGGAUGACGACACUACCUUCUCUGGGUUUUUGAUCUUUGAGGCUUAAUUAAGGGAUCAUUUAUGAUUACUAUGACUAGAAACAGUAAAAUGCAGAAGAACAGUACAAGUCAGUAGGAUUCAACAUGACAACAAAUUCUAAUUAAAUGAAAUUCAAGUUUAUGUAUGUAGCACAAACUCACAACAGUUGCUUCAAGGUGCUUUAUUGUGUAACAACAACAGAGAGAAAACCCAACAAUCAUACAGCCUCUAUGAACAAGCACUUGGCGACAGUGGGAAGGAAAAACUCAAUUUUAACAGGAAGAAACAUACAUUUAAGUCUAAAAUGCCUGUUGCAGUGGUAAAAUGUAACUAAUUUAUUCAAGUACUGUAUAAAUGUGAAUUGUCACUUCAGUAUUUUAAUGCUGUUGUGUGACUCCUUCUCCACCAAGCUAAUGACACACUUUUCUAUAUAAGGCAUUUACACUGCUCAUUAAAAUUUAACAUGUAAAGCAAGUGAGGGUGUUGUUGAGAUUGAACUGGUUGUUGUAGAUUAAACUACACAAGGAAGCUGGUUCAAAAUUCUUCUUAAACAUUAACACGGAUGACAGUCACCCAGGAUUAUUGUGCUCUAUAACAGAUAUAGCAAUCAAAAGAGGAAUUUGUUUUUACAUUCCUUGCUUCGUUAAAAGCUUUUAAACUUUGACACGUGUUUGAGUGCUUUUACACCAUCUACUGCUACUUUUAUUAAACAUCAUGAUUUU